AAACUCAGCAGUCUUCUUCUUCCUUCAAGCCAAUCUUUUUCACAUUACUCCAUUUUCAGAUCUUCAGUCUCAAAACCAAACAUGGACAUCACUACCUUUACCCAAGAAUUCACAGCCCCAAUUGCCCCAUCAAGAAUGUUUAAGGCCUUGAUUCUCGAUUCCCACAAUCUCAUCCCCAAGAUUGCCCCCCAGGGCAUCAAGAGUAUUGAGUUCAUUGAAGGAGAUGGAGGAGUUGGAAGCAUCAAGCAGACUAACUUUGCCGAUGGUGGUCACUUGAAGUGUUUGAAACAUAAGAUUGAUACUCUCGACUGUGACAACCUAGUAUGCAAGUACACCUUGAUUGAAGGCGAUGUGAUCUUUGAUAAAAUUGAGUUCGUUGUCUACGAGGUCAAAUUUGAGGCUUCAAGCAAUGGUGGAUGUGUCUGCAAGAUGUCCAGUGAGUAUCACGCAAAGGCUGGUGUGGAGCUUAAGGAAGAGGACAUCAAACAAGGCAAAGAAAAGGCUAUGGGGUUGUACAAGGUCGUCGAGGAGUACCUUUCUGCCAAUCCCGAUGCUUAUGCUUGAUGUGCAUUCUAAUUAGACCUUUUGUUUUCUAGAAAACAUUGUGUGAGGAUUUUUCAGUAAUCUUUUCUUUCGGGGCAUGAUGUAUUGGAUUUGCUUUGGGAGAUCUAAGUCCAUCAGUUUCGCACAUUGAAAUAAAUGGAUUACUUUGAGAAAUGAUAAUAAAGUUUUAUGUUA